AUGUUAGUGUAUCGACAUACUAGCGUCGCAAAAUCGACAUCGCACAGUGCGUCCAGCCUUCUGCACAGCAGCGAAAGCGAACGCAGCCUCGUACCGUCACAGGUCGAAGGGCAGCCAUCGAGGAUGGCACGCCUCCUCCUCCUCCUACUACUCACGGCCGCCCAGGCCAGGCGCAAGGGCGUGAACGUAAAAAAGAAGGAGAAGGUCGAGCUCGACGACGCCCGGCUCCCUCCCUUAAAUGAGGUGCUCGACGAACUUGAGUUAGAUGCGGCCGAGUUGCUGGCGCGAGGCGUCGAGACGACGCGCCAACUGUGCGCCUGGGGCCGGAGUGAUAUUUCUAUACAUGGCAACGACUUAGGAUGGGAUAGGGACAAACAGAAAGUAAUAAAUGAGAAGAUCAAUGCCAUUCGUGCUGAAGCGGCGGUGCAGAAGACUACGGAGACCGUAGAUCCUUUGAAGGCAGCGAGGGACGAGAGAAACGCCCUGACCUACGGUAGAGUGUUCGCGGACCGCGCGACGGCGUCCUUUGAAUUUAAAAAGGCCUGGUUCGGCGCCGAUUUUCCUGAAGCCUUGUCGAUGCCUCUGGUGAGGGCGCUGCCUCUUGAUGGGUGUGAUGAGCUUCUGUGGCAGAACACGUCCAUCUACAAAGGCAGUGCGGUGCUCGCGGACCGAGGGGGCUGCUCCUUCGUCGAGAAGGCCUGGGCGGCGCACAACGCCGGGGCCAAGCUACUCCUGGUCAUCAACAGCCCGGAUCGGCCCUUCGACCGCCCUACUUCUGGUUAUGCCACAGAUGCCGAACCUACACCGUCGCCUGAUACUCUAGCGGUUGGCUUGGUGCACCAAGAUGCAGGACCUGGAUUAGCAAGAGCGGCCUCUAGCGCCUGGGUCGACCAAGGUCCCCAAGCGGUGGAACUCCUACAAAUACGCGCGCCGUGGCGCGUAUUCAUGGAGAAGUACGGGCUUAUUUCGAAGAAAGUUGUGGUGGACGCGCGCCAGGGCCCCUGGGAUUCGUAUGAUGCUACCACCAUAAGAGCCGUCCCUCUUAAAUGUGUCUCAGGGCGGCCCGACUGCGCACCUAUCCUAGAGUCGGAGAAGACCAUCCUGCCGGACACGGACUCGGGCACUUUGCAUAUUGCUGGGGAGAGUUUUGAGUUCGUGAGUGCGGCGUGGGGGGGCGUCCUGCCGGACCGGCCCGUAGCCGUAGUCACCGCAGAAUACCUCUGCUCACCUCCACCACACUGGUUUUGUAGGGUACUCUCGCUGUUCUGCCCAACAUCAAACUACAAGGACUUUUAUAAUAGGGCGCCCGGCGCGUUGGUCCUUGCGAGGCGCGGCGGUGGCUGCGACUUCGCGACGAAGGCGCGCCAUGCUUCUGCUGUAGGGGCUGCGGUGUUGGUCGUCGAGCAGGCCGAUGAGGAGCCAUUACUGCGCAUGGGCGCGCGGGACCCGCCGUUCCCGAACGUCGUGGGCGUCGCGGUGCGUUCGAAAGCGGGCGCCGCGCUCCGACGAAUUGAGAACACCACAUUCGUGAGGUUGCGGCCCGCGCCGGCGCCCGGCUUCGCGCACCGCUGGCUGGAACUCGCCGAGGCGGCGCCGUGGCCUUCUGACGCGGGCAACGCGGCGAAGGCAUUGGCUUCAUUGGAGGAGAAGAACGCGGGGUCGGCGGAGAGGCUGGCGUUUGCGCGGGCGGCGCACGCGAACCGUGUUGUUACGGAGGAGGACGUCGGGAAUAAGGGGGGCGAGCUUUAACAUUGGUGUAUCCCACGAGUCUCGCGUCAACGGCGUCGCGGGUGAGGAGGCGCGUCGACGGCGUCGCCGUCGCGCGUCCGUUUUCUUGGGGUCACGAACCGUCCGGAGACGGGUCCAUGGGUCUUUAAACCGCGAGAUCGGGCAGCCAAUCAGGUUAUGCUGCUCUCAGAGAGACACACUAGCCCUGCGGCAGCGCGGAGGCAAAAGCCACGGGGAGCAGGGCCUCGCCGCGCCAUUGACUUCGCCCAGCCAGUGGCAGUGCGCCGCCGAACCGCUGCGCCAGUGCGCGUCGUUGGAUCCGCCCACCAGCGACGUAUACUUUCAAACGCGCCCCAAAUCCAAAUUGGCUCAUUUUGGCAGCGCGCACCGCAAGUAAACG